AUGUGGGCUCUUCGUCGAGCUUCGUUACCGGCGCUUAGGAAGAGAGGUUUUAAUGUAAGGUUUUCCUGUGUGAAUUUAACUUCAAGUACUUGGGUUGAAAAUGAAUCUGGAAUUGAUGAUUCUCGUCGAAUAAUUAAUGGUGAUGGCGGAUUUUCGUUGCGGAAUAGAUGUUAUCAUUCUGGAGAGGGUUCUCUGAAAUUUACUACUGGUAGACGUGAGCUUUCGUCGGAAGCCGGUGCGAGUAGCACCAAAGAUGAGGAAGAUGAUUUGGAGGAGGGGUUUUCGGAGUUGGAGACGUCUGCGGGUGAUGAAAGUGAAAAACUGUCGGGUUCUGAUACAGAACUGUCUGAUGAGAGUGAUGAAGUGGAUAUUGAGGAACCACACAAUGAGCUGGACUUACCAUUAUCGCAUGACGAGGAUGUUAUUUUGAUGGAGAAGAAGUCUAGCCGGAGAAAGGCUGAGUCGGAACUCUUCAAGGCGAUUAUGGAGGCUCCGGGUUUGUCUAUUCAUAAGGCUCUGGAUAAGUGGGUUGAAGAGGGGAAAGAAAUGAGCAGAGAGGAGAUAUCGCUGGCUAUGGUUAAUCUUCGGAAGCGGAAGAUGUAUGGGAGAGCUUUGCAGCUCUCAGAGUGGGUUGAGUCGAAAAAUCAUCUUCAAUUUGUUGAAAAGGAUUAUGCUUCCCGACUUGAUUUAAUUGCCAAAUUGCAUGGCCUUUAUAAGGCAGAAGUUUACAUCCAGAGUAUUCCAGAAUCUUCUAGAGGGGAGACAAUAUACCGAACUUUAUUAGCUAACUGUGUUAUUCAGAACAAUUUGAAGAAAGGAGAGGAAAUUUUUAAUAAAAUGAAGGAAUUAGAGUUUCCUCUUACAGCAUUUGCAUGCAAUCAGUUGCUAAUUCUGUAUAAGAGGAAUGACAGAAAGAAAAUAGCUGAUGUUUUAUUGCUGAUGGAACACGAGAAGGUCAAACCUUCUCCUCUGACUUUCAAAAUCCUAAUAGACGCAAAAGGCCAGUCCAACGAUAUUGCUGGAAUGGAACAGAUUGUUGAUAAAAUGAAGGCUGAGGGUAUUGAACCAGACAUUCAAACAAAUGCAGUUUUGGUAGGGCAUUACAUAUCAGCUGCGCUUGUUGAUAAAGCUAAAACUAUAUUGAAGGAGAUAGAAGGUGAAAACUUGAAAGAAAAUCGAUGGGCAUGUCGAAUUUUGCUUAAUCUCUAUGCAGACUUGGGAAUGGCCGAUGAAGUGGAAAGAGUUUGGAAGGUCUGCGAGACGCGCCCUUGGAUUGAGGAGUGUUUGUCUGCAAUUGAAGCCUGGGGGAAGUUGAAGAAAAUUGAUGAAGCAGAGUCAGUUUUUGAGAUGAUGUCAAAAAGAUGGAAGCUUACAUCUAAGAAUUGCUCAGUACUACUGAAGGUUUACGCAAAGCACAACAUGCUAGUGAAGGGCAAGGAUCUUGUUAAGCGAAUGGCAGAUAAUGGAUGUCUAAUAGGUCCGUUGACUUGGGAUGCAUUAGUGAAACUUUAUGUUCAAGCAGGGGAAGUGGAGAAGGCAGAUAGUAUUCUGCAGAAGGCAAUCCAACAGAGUAAGAUGAAGCCGUUGUUUUCUUCCUAUAUCGCUAUUCUGGAGCAGUAUUCUAAGAGAGGCGACAUCCAUAAUUCGGAAAAGAUUUUCUAUAGAAUGAAACUAGCUGGUUAUGCAUCUCGAAUUAGGCAGUACCAUGUUCUUAUAGAGGCCUACAUAAAUGCCAAAGUUCCAGCUUAUGGAAUUAGGGACAGGUUGAAGGCUGAUAAUAUAUAUUCCAACAAAACUUUGUCUCACAUGUUGACUCAAGUUGAUGGUUUUAGAAAGAGUCCAGUUUCCGAGUUGCUUGAUUGA